UUGCAGUAUUGAUGGAGCACUUGAAGAUGGAUCAUUUGGACGACUGGUAAACGAUGAGCACAAGUCACCAAAUUGCAGAAUGAAGUUGAUUGAAGCAGGAGGGAAGCCACAUAUGUGCCUUUUUGCACUGAAGGAAAUUGUGUCCGGAACUGAAAUCACCUAUGACUAUGGUGGGAAGGAAUGGCCCUGGCGCAAAAAGGUUCCCCUUACUGUUACAAGCACUGCUGCUCAAGAGUCUAUUAAAGACAGUUUCCAAGACCAAAUCAUGUCAUCCACAGUCUUUAUUGAAGAGACCAGAGAGAGACCAGAAGUCCAGUCCUGCAAUAUGACACCAGGCAGUUCAGCUUGUGAGACACAGCUCAGUGGUGCAAGCUUCCCUUCUGGCCAACACUCCAUUGCAGAGCUUGGUGACGAUGCCCAUGACUUGGAAGCCAAUGUUUUCUCUUCAGACUUAUACAGAGAUGCAGAAUUGAGAGCAGAGUGUCAGUCAUUUAUUCCCACACCAGACAGCCCUGCACAUGAGGUGCACUGUGUCAGGGGCCAGUGUAGCACUUCGACUGCAAAAGAGGGGAUUGGAGAAGUUAGUGUCCAGCCGCAGGAGGUGUCACCCCCUGUGUUCUCAACAGACUUUGCCAGUGAGACCAAAUCGAUAUUGGAAUGCCAAUCAUCCAGAUCCACACCAAACGACUCUGCAUGUGAGUGUACAAUUCAUCAGCUGGUUUUUGAAAUGGUGAGAAUUGACGAAUGCUGGAUAUGUCAUUCACCUUUGACAUCUAUCAGAUGGUGCGGUCUAAGAUGCAAACAAUGCUGUGGUGUGUGGCAUAGAAACUGCCUCCAGAAAUCCUCAGAAGACUGGGAUAUAGAUGAUGAUGUAACAUCAGCAUCUGAUGAUGAGUACAUCCCAGAGUCUGUAUCGGAUUCAGAAAGCUCAGGGACAGAGUUGAGUGUUGAGUUGCCUGAACCAUCCAAAGCUUGA